AUGUUAAUCGGAGUGGAUGACUGCUCAAAAAUGGAGGAUAUUCUGGCGGCGUUAUCCGUGCCAAUCGUCAUCUAUGGAGAUAUCCAUGGCCAAUACAGUGACAUCUGGAGAUGGUUUCAUGUGAAUGGAUGGCCUCCUGAAACACCAACCCUUUUCCUCGGAGAUUAUGUCGACAGAGGUCGACAUAGUACAGAGGUACUAAUGUUCGUCCUUCUUCUGAAGGUAGUGAUGUACAAGAGCGUAUUUGUAAUUCGAGGUAAUCAUGAAGAUCCAAUUGUGAAUAAGACCUAUAACUUCUACAGCGAACUGAAAAGCACGACAAUAUCCCUAAAGAGUUCAAAAAAAUUUAUCGCAAAAUUACGGAUGUUUUCAGGUCGUGUCAUGCCAAUAGCAUGUCUAAUCAGCAACCAGAUCAUUUGCAUGCACGGUGGACUCUCACCUCGAAUACAGACCGUUGCUGACAUAGCAGCUUUACAAAGACCACUCACAAAGGACAGUAAGCCAGGAACGCAUAUUGAUAUUUUGUGGUCCGAUCCGCAUGUGUGUAAGUGGACAUAUGAGCCCAACACACUGCGAGAUCCGACAGGGGGAGGUCUCGGUUACCUCUUCGGGCCAAUCCAAAUCAAGAGAUUUGUUAAAAGGAAUGAGCUCUCACUAAUUGUUCGUGCUCAUCAGCCUCCAAUGAGUGGAUAUGAAAGAGUUGGACCAUAUCUAAUAACGAUCUUCUCUAGCCCAGGUUACAGAGUUCAAGAUAAUGUUGGCAGCAUGGGUGCGUCUCUGGUGAUAGAUGAAGAUGGAACAAUGGACAUAAUACGAAUCCAAGUCGGAGAACAACUAAAGCUCAAGCGGCAACGUUAUAAAAUGGAUAAGGUACGAGCAUGUAGUUCUGCUCCGAUUCGGAAUGCGGGGACAGCUACCGGGACUGCGGAAGACCAAAACUGA